AUGGCCGAGCUCACACCGUUCGGGUCGGCGCUAGCAGGAGCGUUUGGCGGUGUCAUCUCAAACUCGAUUGUCUACCCUCUUGAUACCGUCAAGACCCGCAUCCAAGCAGAUGCGAAGUCGACCGGCAGCACGGUACCGCCCCCGUCAGUCAAAAGAGACAAUGCUCCCCGACGGUUGCACGGUCCAGUCAGGCCGGGCAUGCGCCUCGUUUUCAAACAGAUCCUCAAGGAGCAGGGCAUCGAGGGUUUCUACAGAGGCUUCUCGGCCAGCAUGCUCAACACGUUCAGCAUGCAAUUUGCAUACUUUUACUGGUACACUCUCGUCAGACAGAGCUACGUCAAACGUAUCUAUCCCACUUUGCCAGGCACCCCCAACACGCCUCCGAAAGCACUCGGUACUGCGCAACUCACACUAGGUGCCAUCGCUGGCGCUAUCGCACAGCUCUUCACCAUCCCAGUCUCAGUCAUCGCAACACGACAACAGCUCGAAAUCUUCAGCACCCACCGCACCUUACUCGAGACUGCCUCCGACAUUCUCAAGGACGACGGCAUAUCAGGCCUAUGGCGUGGACUCAAGCCCUCCCUCAUUCUCACCGUCAAUCCCGCUAUAACCUACGGCAUGUUUGCUCGCCUCAAAACGGCCCUUCUCGGACCAGAUGGAAAGAUGACACCAGGCAAAGCGUUCAUCAUUGGCGCGCUCAGCAAGACACUGGCGACCGUCGUCACCUUUCCCUACAUCAUGGCCAAAGUCAGGCUGCAGGCCAAGUAUGACGAUGAUGGCGAGAUUGCUACGCCGCCUCCCACACCACGCGGCGGCGCAGCCAGUCAUCCGAGCUCAGCAGCCAAAGCAUUGCAGAAGAGACAAAAGAAGAAGGACAGAUAUACUGGCGCUUUCGAUGUUCUUGCGCAGACCUACAAGGCCAAAGGUCUCGCCGGAUGGUAUCAGGGCAUGCAAGCGCAAAUUAUCAAGGCAGUGCUCUCGCAGGCGCUGCUCUUUGGCAUCAAAGACAUGCUUGAAGCCUACACGAUCGCCCUCCUUGCAGCGUAUGGCCGCGUUCGGGGCCAUCAGAUUGGACUUGCAUGA